CCGUGAGCACCAACGACUAAGUUUCACGAAUCUUAAUUGCCUCUCCUUUAGAAUACUUAGCAAUUGCUCUUUGACUUAUAAAAGCUCUUGUCGUUCUCUCGAAAACUCUCACAAAAUAUCUUGCUACCUUUCAAUACUCAUUUGACAUAACAAAGGAAGAAAGAAAAAUGGCCUCAAUUGUUAAAGCUUUAGCACCGGUGGUGAGAAGGGCUGGUACAUCUGCAUCUGCUGCCAGACCUGCAAUCAGACUAACUAGACAGAGUAGAAUAUACCAACAUGCCCGUCCUCUUUCCGCCACCUCUCGCCUUCGUUCAGAUCCCGUCGACAUAACCGAGAUUCCCCCAACUCCUAUAACACAUCUUUCUGAAAUUGAACUGGCCAUGUCGGAAUCUGUCUCUAAAUUUGCGAACGAUAUCAUCGCGCCAAAAGUACGAGAUAUGGAUGAGGCUGAGAGUAUGGACCCUGCGGUUGUGGAACAGUUAUUUGAACAAGGACUUAUGGGAGUCGAAAUACCUGAAGAGUAUGGUGGUGCAGGAAUGAACUUUACGGCAGCGAUUGUGGGAAUUGAGGAGUUGGCAAGAGUCGAUCCAAGUGUGAGUGUGUUGGUGGAUGUGCAUAAUACCCUGGUCAACACUGCGGUUAUCAAAUAUGCGAGUAAGGAGUUGAAGAACAAGUGGUUGCCAAAAUUGGCUACGAAUACUGUUGGAUCAUUCUGUUUGUCCGAACCAGUAUCUGGAUCCGAUGCUUUCGCGCUUGCCACAAAAGCUACCAAAACAGAUUCAGGAUAUACGAUUUCUGGAAGCAAGAUGUGGAUCACCAAUUCUAUGGAAGCAGAAUUCUUUAUUGUUUUUGCAAACCUUGAUCAUAGUAAAGGCUACAAGGGAAUCUCCGCUUUCGUUGUCGAGAAGGGAAUGAAGGGGUUCUCUAUUGCUAAGAAGGAAAAGAAGCUUGGUAUCAAGGCCAGCAGCACUUGUGUUCUUAACUUUGAUGAUGUGGAAAUUCCUAGAGAAAAUCUCUUGGGAGAAGAGGGACAAGGAUACAAAUAUGCCAUUGCCCUUCUGAAUGAGGGCCGUAUUGGAAUCGCCGCACAAAUGACCGGACUCGCUUUGGGAGCAUUCGAAAACGCUACUAAAUACGUAUGGAAUGACCGAAAGCAAUUUGGACAAUUAGUUGGAGAUUUCCAGGGCAUGCAACAUCAAAUCGCACAAUCUUAUACAGAAAUUGCCGCUGCUCGCGCUCUAGUCUACAACGCUGCACGCAAGAAGGAAGCAGGUGAGAACUUUGUUCAGGAUGCAGCUAUGGCCAAGCUUUUUGCUUCGCAAGUCGCUCAACGCGUGAGUGGAUUGGCGGUUCAAUGGAUGGGUGGAAUGGGAUUUGUCCGUGAAGGAAUUGCGGAAAAGAUGUGGAGAGAUUCGAUGAUUGGAUCUAUUUACGAGGGAACGAGCAAUAUCCAAUUGACAACGAUAGCAAAGUUAUUGAAGCAACAAUAUAAGUCGUAAGAGAUAGAUAGAAGAAGAUAGAGAGAUGAUUGAUACCAAUUUAGAAGUAUGGAGUGAAAGCUCGCUCUUGUUAGUCGCCUCGGCUUGAUCCGAGUUUGAUAUCUCUGUAUUGUUGUAUUGUUGUAUAUUUCACCAAAAAAUGAUUCAAUAACAUGGAUAUUGAGAAUGGCAUUCAUUACCUAUCUCCCGUUCAUAUGUACCGUCGGUCGUGUUCCUUCCAAGCUAAUAAACCCCUGAACUAGAAUGACGAUGAUUACCCUAGUGGUGGCCUCCCUAAAUUCCCUAAAUUCCCUAAAUUGUUAGGAGUAGUGGCACGGACAUCACCCGUUGAACAUUUCCCCUCUUGUUUGCGGAAGGAUGGUGGCUCGGGUGGGUGGGUAGAAAGAAUCGUAUGAUAUUCAUCUGGGCAGGUACGUAUGAAUUGAGAAAUUGAGAGGAUGGAGAGGAUGGAGAGGAUGGAGAGGAUGGAGAGGAUGGAGAGGAUGGA